UUUCGCAGGAGUGGUAAACCGUUAUUGGUUGACAAAUAUGUCAGUCAAUGUAAGCGUCUGACCUUGCGCGGCUGAAUGUUUACGGAAGGGAGUCUGAUGAAUGACCACCACAAUAUCGGUGUGAAAUCUUGAAAAACAGCCACGCAGGCCUCUAGUUGACUUGUCUCAUUUAGAAUAGUAAACUCCUGUAUUAUUUCGAAGGAUACAGCUAGCUAGGCUACAAAGGCCGUAGCUAGCUAGACUGCAAAACCUAACUCAACGUCAUAUCUCAGUACGAGGAAGGGGUUCUCAAGGUAGGCUAUUCAGACUAUCCACCCGACUGGAGCUCCAGUAGUUGGUUUUGUGCUAAAAAAAAUAGCUGUUGGGUUAUUGCUAGGGGUUUUAGUGGUUCAGACUAUUAUGAUGAUGAUUAACAAUGCAUCCAGCCUGGUCUGGCAUAUUUAUACAUUUUUGUAAUUUAGCAGACCCUCUUAUCCAGAGCGACUUACAGAAGCAAUUAGGGUUAAGUGCCUUGCUCAAGGGUACAUUAACAUAUUUUUCACCUAGUUGGCUCGAUGAUUUAAGCUAGCAACCUUUCGGUUACUGGCCCAAAGUGCUUAAGCACUAGACUACCUGAGUGUCUGUAUCUGCUAACCAUGCCUUUAUUGCACAGUCAGGUGGUAGUGCACUCGCCCUGUAACUGGGGUAGCUGGUUCAAACCCUGCUAUGGCUUUUCCUCUCAAAUACUGCAACAGGAUACUAUAUUUCCGAUUUCAGUACAGGUAGUCCUGACCAGACCUCUCUCCAGCACCAUGUGGGAUGAGGAGAUCAGACAUAUGGCGUCCAGCCACGCCAUCAUGGCAUCGGGGGUAUUUAUGGCGACAGUGGUGCCGGCGGUGCUAGUGCCGGGUUUCUCUGUGUAUGGGACACACCUGCUGUGGCAGUACUCUGUUGCCGGGGUUGUCGCUGUGGUCAACAUCUCCCUGUUCUGGCUGCUGGGGGUCAGCCCCCCUACCAAGAAACACACUAUCACCUACAAGGUGUCUAGGUUGGUGCGUUCCUGUCUCUACUUGCUCCUCUCCUGUCUGUUCUUCCACACUGUAGUGGUCCUGUAUGGAGCACCGUUACUGGAGUCUGCGUUGGAGACGUUCUCUCUGGCGGUGUUGUUGACCAGUCUAACUACUCUGAGGUGUGUGUGUGUCCUCGGGCCCAACGUCCAAGCCUGGAUAAAAGUCUUCAGCCGACAUGGGGCCAUGUCGGUGUGGGACACUUCUCUACAGAUGGUGGUCGGCUGCAGUGUUGUGGGAGCCUGGCUGGGAGCCUUCCCUAUCCCUUUGGACUGGGACCGACCCUGGCAGGUGUGGCCUGUGUCCUGCAGUCUGGGUGGAGUGAUUGGUUACCUGACUGGGCUAGUCGUCGCCCCCGCCUGGAUACACUGGCACCGGAAACACCUCACCUACAAGAGCAAGUGAUGGAGAGAGAGAGGGAGAGGAGAGAG